AUGACAGUGCUGGAAUUAUGGUUGUUUGCCGAAAAGAUUAAGUGCAUAAAGCUCCAGAACUAUAGCGUGAAUUUCAUUCAAGAGUACUAUCUUCAGGAUGCUGUGUUCAUAGAUUUUAUUGACCUGAAAUACGUUGCUGGCGCCACGAAGCACGACUACGCUAGAGAUAAUCCUCUACGGAAAUUCUGUGCUUUACAACUUCACUACCAGAAUAACAAUGGAGAGCACGAAGCCGUUCACCAGGCUAUCCUUAAUUCGUCGGAUAUAAUUAAUCUAUAUCUCGAAUAUGAAGGCACGUACUGGUUGGACUCCGAAUUUGACCCCAGAAGUCGUGGAAUUAAUUUUUCUUGCGAAUUCCACGUUCACGAUGACGAUGAAGAUCGCGAGGAUUGCCAAAUAAAGCUCGAAUAA